GCGAAGAGAGCUCGCGCUGCUGCUGAAUGAAGUGAAUCAGCUGCAUGCAGACUGCUGGGAGUCUAUCUAUCUGUCUCUCUCUCUGUGCCUGUCUCUCUUUCUCUCUAUCUAUCUUUCUCUCUUUCAUCAGAGGAAUUAUUAAGAUUAUUAAGCACUGGAAAGCAACAGAUCAUGCACGCGCUCUGACUCCUCCAGGCGCGCGCCUCCUCCUGCUCCAGAGAUGAUGCGCUGCUCUUCAGUCUGGAGGCUCAUCUUUCAUCUCGAGCUCGCGCUUCCUGACCUGAUUUUUCGUUUGCACGUCUGAGAGCGAGGGCGCAUCCUUAACGAACAGUCGGUGGUCGAGGUCUGGCCGUCGUCUGGACGUCGCAGGGUCGUCGUUUGGUCGUUGUUUGCCUGGUCUUCGUCUGGAUGUCUCCUGGUCAUCACCUCGCCUCUCCAAGAGGAACCUGGUAACUUUCUGGAGGAAAGGAACGCUGCUUUCUCUACAGGGAUUUUUCCCCGCUCCUCCUUCAUUUCCUCCCCGGUGGGCUGGCGAGGGGGCCGGUGAAAGUCUGCCAAGACGCCUCGUGCCGUGCUCCGCGUGAAGAAUGCCCAGGCGCGCCUUCCCAAGCCGCCGGAGACGGCGCCCGCGCCCUCGGGCCUCUACAUGGAGCGCUCCCAGAGCCGCAUCAGCCUCUCCGCCUCCUUCGAGGCUCUCGCCAUCUACUUCCCCUGCAUGAACUCCUUUGAUGAGGAUGAUGCCGAUGCUGAGGGACGCAGGUUAAAGGGCAUCCAGAGGAGCACAGAGACGGGAUUGGCUGUGGAGAUGCCGAGCCGCACCGUCCGUCAGGCGAGCCACGAGUCCAUAGAGGACAGCAUGAACAGCUACGGGUCAGAGGGCAAUUUAAACUACAGCGGGAUGUGUUUGGCCUCAGACGCUCAGUUCAGUGAUUUUCUGGACGGGAUGGGUCCGGCGCAGUUUGUGGGCAGACAGACGCUGGCGAUGACCUCGAUGGGUGAUGUGGAGAUCGGUCUGCUGGAGAGGAAUGGACAGUUAGAGGUGGACAUCAUACAGGCGAGAGGACUCAUCAUGAAACCCGGAUCUAAAGGACCACCGGCGGCGUAUAUUAAAGUGUAUCUGCUGGAGAACGGAGCGUGUGUAGCUAAAAAGAAAACCAAGUCUGUGAGGAAAUCUCUGGACCCGCUUUAUAACCAGGUCCUGGUCUUCUCUGAGAGUCCACAGGGGAAAGUAGUGCAGAUCAUCGUCUGGGGGAACUACGGCCGAAUGGAUCGUAAGUGCUUCAUGGGCGUGGCCCGGAUCCUUCUGGAGGAGCUGGAUCUGACGAGCAUGGUGAUUGGCUGGUACAAGCUGUUCCCAACCUCCUCCAUGGUGGACCCGACGAUGGCGCCGCUGAUCCGGCACUCGUCCCAGCUGUCCUUGGAGAGCACGGUGGGGCCGUGCUGCGAACGCUCGUAGACGCUGGCGAAGUUUGUGGUUCGUCUUUUUCCAUUUUUUCCGAAAGGGCUGUCGAGGCCCGUCACUCUCUCUCUCUACAGCGUGCUGGUUGUGCAUGACUGCCACGGCGGAGCGAGUCCUCUGGAGCCUUCUAGAACCUCUCUAGAAUCCUCUAGAACGUAGAACCUUCAGAGCCUGACCGCGCAGGUUCCCAAAGAAGCGUUCUUUUGCUUUAUUCGUUCGGUUUUUCCUUUAAAAGAACUCUGCAAAAAAUAUAUAUAUAAAUAUAAAAGGAGCGUGAGGAGCUGAGCGUGAGGCAUAGAUCCAGCUGGAGACGAAUGGAAGAGAAGAAUGAAGGAGAAUGAAGAAGAGCUCUGUCGUCCAUGUCUGCGUAACUCUUGAGACUUGUGUUUCCUGCUUCUCAUCAGUGGUCUCAUCAGUGUCUCUCUGAAGACGUGUGUACAGCUUACGAGUGCUCGCUGCUGUGGUGUAAGACUGUCUGUGUCGUCUGUGUUGGAUCUGUCGGUCUUUGAGAACGGGUGCAGUGUUGCGUUGCGUCGCGUCUUCGGUGUAAAGAAUAAGUAGCCAUAGAUCAAUCGGUUCGUGCAAUCUCGUAUCAGAGUGGGGGAGAGUCGGUCGCGUUACGCCAAGGCUAAAGAAAACAAUCAGAAGGGGCGUCUUAGACGCGAACGCCAGAAAUCCUAAAGCGUAAAACGUAGAGCGUAAAACGUAGAGCGUAAAACGUAGAGCGUAGAGCAUUGGAUGGUUCGGUUGAGUGGUUGAGACGGACGCUCAGCUCAAGUCGUCUUUCCUCUUCUCUUUUUCUUCCCUUUUUUAACUGUGCCACUUCUACCAGCAAGUGUCUUUACUUUGAGGCUUGUGCCAUCGUUCACCGAUCAGAGGCUGAAUGAAUCUGAAGUUGAUCCAUCAGGUACACAAUUAAAAGGGACAGGGAUUAAUAUUAUUAUUAAUAUUAAUAUUAUUAUUACUCUAUUUUAUUUGCUCCUGGUUGUGAUGAAUAACUACACAUACUCCAGUUUGGGAGUAUGGUACGAUAUCGGAGUAUAUAUAUAUAUAUAUAUAUAUAUAUAUAUAUAUAUAAAUAAAUAUAUGAAUAUAUUUUUCACAAAGAAUACGAGAUCACUAUAAACACUAUAUAAUCUCUCUUUGUAUAGGUGUAAGAGCUAAAAGUAGUUUUAGAGUAAUAGGACUAAUAAAACAAGAACAGCAACAAAAAAAUAAAGAUAAAUAAAGAGAUCACGGAAUGAAUAAAUGAAUGAAUGUCGGUACGGUAAAUAAAUAUUUGAUUUAGUCACUACUACACGUGAUGGUCUAGCUACGCACUUUAUAUCUAAAAGCGUCUCUUUAUUCAUUUACUUCCGCGCUUGCUAGUUCAGAGUGAGCCAAAUGUUAAUAUUAAUAUAAUUACUGCGGUUAAUUAUUUUAUAAUAUGGUUUGAGUCAUAACUGAGUCGAUGUCGCAGGACGCAGAACUUUCAGUAGCAAUGUUAGUAAGGUAUUAGCAUUAGAUAGUAGCAUAGCAUGAGAGGCUUUCUCAGGAUUACUGGGAAAUAAUAAGAACUAAAUAAUUUAAAGAUUUAGGCGCGAGAAUGUAAAUCGAAGACAAAAAAAAUAUCUCUAUAUGUAGCAGCUGAGAUACUGUUACAUCGCAGAGCAAAGAGAGACACUUUCUGAAUUAAUUUCAUAUUAAUUUGAGUUUAUUUGAGUUUAUUUUCUUUGUGUAACUGUAGCCCAGUUUCACAGGCUGGCCUCUAAAAAAACAUAACGUGACAAUAAGAAGAAAUCUGUUUAUGAAAUAAUACGUAGCUGUUGAUCAAUCGAUUGUUCUGUAGAUUCAGUUCAAUUUCAGUGAUAAAGGGGAGAUUUAUGGAAAGAGUUCACUGAAUAAUUUCAUUUUCCUCAAUUUUCCUCAGUCCCACUUUAUAUAAUAAGGUCUCUGAUAACUGUAGUUACAUAGGUACACAUUAGUAACUAAUCAAUGAAUGCAAUAACAGUGUUACAAAGCUGUCGCACCAUUGUGAUGACCAUUGUUAUUGCACUGUUAUACGUCCUCAAUGUUACAUAUGGAUUACUGUAUUAUAUCUUGUGUAAAUACAAGGUUAGAUAUAAAUGGUACAGUUGCAUUUCAGAUAAAUACUAAUAUAAUUAUUGCCAUUAUAGUGUACUGGUGUACACUGAUGGGCGUGGUGUUCUGGAAAUGAGGUGUGUUCAGGUACAUUUCUGGAGUUUUAUCUUGUUUAUCUUGGUAACAGAAAACACAGGAGCUCCACUGACUGAAUACAACCUAGACAGACGCCAACAGUCAGACGUUCAUCGCUAUCUCAUUAACACAGGCGCGCCAAGCCGAGCGUAUUUUGCAUUUUGUUUCGAGCCGCAUGAGGUGUACUUUUCCUGUUGUUACGAUAGCAAAGACACACUGACACGCCCUAAAUCAUGUGUUACAGAUAUUGAGACACACAAUCCACAAGUAUUGUAUUUACACUUUUACUUCUUUAAUCCAUAUGUUACAGGGAAUAAAUCACUAUUAAUGAUAUGGGUUAUUAAUGUGUAACUACACAGUUAUUGCAGACUGUGUUUAUAUAAAAGGGGAUUAUUUCUCUCCUUAUCUUUAAUGUAGUGGGUCAGCCAGAGUGAUAAUACCAAAAAUGCAAUUCCAUAUAACAGACAGUAUUCUAUAAUAAUAUUGUUUACAUUAUAUUCAUUCAAUCAACCUGUUAAACCCUUUAUGGCAUGAAUUAUAUUUUUGCGGAGAAAAAACAAGAUCUAUUUAGGAUUUUUUCUUUGGGAACUUUUUUUUUUACUUUGAUAAUAAUCUAAAUAUUUGAAUCACCUCUUCUUUAUCAUGAUAAUCCUAUCAAAAGUGAUCUGAAUAAUCUGAAAACUGUAUUAAAAGUAUAUGGUAUAAAAUAAUAUAAUAACCAAACAAUGGUUUGUUGCCUGAAGGCAACAUCAUGCCAUAAAGGGUUAAAUCUUAAGACUGUAUUUCAGUUAUUAAGCCAAAUAACUAUUGAUUAGUUAUUUAGUGAACCUGAAUGUGUGAAGUUCCACAGGGCUCUAUUUUAGGGCCUAUUGUGUAAUUUGUUAUGGGUUUGAUGGUUAAAUCAAUUAAUGUUAAAACAAUAUAUUUAAAGGUAGGCUGUAAAGUAAAUCAUAAAAAUAAAACUACUCAGGACACUCAAAACCUCUAUACCAUCUCUACUCAAAAACUUGAGAUACAGAUUGUGUUAAUUUCAUUGGUCAUUGUUGGAUUUUUACUGAAAUAACUCAAUAUUCACAGGCUGAUUCAUUAUUUUAAGGAUAAAAUUUAAAACUGGAGAGUUUACAGUUUUAGUGAACGAUUUCUUUAGGUUUAAAGAGGUUUUAGAAGAAGAGUUGAGUCUAUUCAGAGUUGACUUCGCGUAAUCAAGCCAUUACAUUUGAUCACUGUUCUUUUCUCUGUUGGGUAAUUGAACAUGUUCAUCAUCUAAAGCAAUAAGAAGCAGUCUUUUCUUCUCUAAUCAGUCUGAGCGUGAGAAUAAAAGAGGAGAUAAAAAACGCCAAGCCAUUCAUGCAUCACUUCAGACAGUACUGACUUCAUGUAGCAAUACUACCUUAGUUUAUAUUAGACACGCUGUCUUUCACCUUUUUUUGACAAAAUAUGAAUCUGAUGGUUGUUCUUUUACAUUGCAUGAGGAUUUUACUGAGAAUGGACCAAUAGAAAUGCUUUAAAGUUACUUGGAAUAAAAAAAAUAUUCUUGCAUUUUCCAGCUUAGCUUCCCUGGAAAGAAGUUAAGAAGUUAAAAAGGAAGGUUUUUUUCCUUCUUCUGUAAAAUUCUAAAAUUACCAUUUUUUUAUUUUUGAUCUAGCCAAUGAGGAGUCACUUAGAAGAACGUGGCAGAUUUAGUAUUAAAAGUUUUGUCUCUGACAUUAAUAAUAUCAGAGAUUGAUGCCAAAAACUUUGACCAUUUGACCAUUUUACAUUUAAUGGAGCCUUUUGAGUCUAGAAAGAGCAAAAAAACUAAAAAACUAACUUUUAAAGAACUCUUUACCCUCUAUUUUUAGAUGGUAAUUUGCAUGUUCAACUCAAUAGAAUAAUUUUAGCCUGAGGCUGUUUUAGUUAAAAGCUGAAUCAUGUAGAUAAAAAAGAUUCAGCUCUCACAGAAACACAUUCCCAUAGUUACACCUUUAAUUCAGGUUAAUUUUGUAAGAAUAUGAUUCUCCUUCUGUUACAUAGAGUUUAAUGAAAUUAACUAAAAAUAAAAUUCAGUGGGUCCUAUUUUAUAAUAAGUGUAUGUAAUAACAAUGUAGUUACACAUUAACAAUCAUGUAAUAACUACUAUAGUAACUACUGGUGAAGUACGAUCAGUGUAAUAUUAGCAGUUUAAUUUUCUGACCUUAUCAAGCUAAAUUCAAGGAUAAAACUUAGUUAUUAUUAUUUUUUCCACUUAGUAUAGUGAAGAAGAAAUGUGUUUUUUAUGCAUUAUUUUUAGGAUUUGUUCAUUUUUGUAUCUUGUAACACAAAUCUGAUGGUAUAAUCCAACUUGCAAAUUGCAAAAAUUAAAAAAUCUGAAAAUAAAGAAAAUAUUUUUAUAAUUUUUCCUGAAAUUCUGAUUGUGAGGAGUAGAGAUGAAAAGACUAAAAUUAGAAAAAAUGGAUGAAAACUUAUUUCUUGUAAUACUACACUACUACACUAUAAUAAUAAAAAAUAUAGUAUACGUUCAUCGCUAUAAUAAUGAAAUAAUACGAUUUUAGGUUUUGUUUUUUUUGCAUUUAGCCUAAAAUGGUCAGAACAUGUUAUUAAUAAUCAAUACACUGACAAAGUAAGAAUCAUAGUUGUACAGGUUAUGUAAUUGCACAUGUAUGUGAAUUUACAAAAUACAAAUACAAAAAAAAAUAAUUAUUCAGAUUUUAUAUUGGGAAUAUGAACAACAUGUGUAAUUACAUAACCUGUACAACUGUAAUUAAUCUGUAACAAUGUGCCAUUCAUCAUUAGUUACACUGUUAUUACAUGAUUGUUACUGUGUAACUACACACUUAUAAGUAACAAUUAAUGGAAAGUUUGACCCACCAGAAUCAGCUGUUCUACUCUGAAUUAUAAAUACUUUUAUAAUAAAUUCUCAUCAGAAUUUAUUAAUCAUUUCUAUUAAUUGACCUAAAGCAUGAAUUUGGAUUUUAUGAUUUAAAACUUUUACCAUCCUCGAUUAUUAUUUUUUUGUUUAUUUUAAUGAUGUUUUAAUUACAUUAAUUUUUAAAAACAAGAAUGUAUCUACUGAAUGAACAUUUACAUUUCUGCAUUAAAAAAUGACUCGAUAUGUAUUAAUAAAGAAGCCUUAACCCCUAGAAUACCUUAAUUCUGAAAUGAUUUUAAUUGUAAAAGCAGACAGUAAGGGUGUUUUCAUAUUGUUUUUUCUUUUUUCUGAAUGUCGGUACAUUUCAUUUGAUUUCUUAUCAACCUCUGAACAUAUCAUUUAUUAUUCCUGAGGCGGAGGGAGAAAAAUAACAAACGGAGAAAUAAAAAUGUUGAAUGUGAUGCUGUGAGUUUAUUUUCUGUGUAGAAAAACUUGUUUAAUUCCUAACAGGUCGCUGUAUGUAAAUUUAAAUCAUUUGAUGAAGAUACUAUUGUUGAAUAAUGCACAAUUUGGUGAAUUGUUAUUCUGUUUAAAAUUGUUGUAAAAAAUAAAUCUGAUCACUCUGAUUUACAAAACGUGUUUAUG